GGAUGCUGAUUUGAAGAGAAUUUAUCUAUUUUUACCUAUUCAACUGUUUUUAUAUAGUCUGUUGGGCUCUUACGUGUCAAAAGGUCGAAGAAGACAGGUCGUUAAACGCCACUUGACUGAUAGCUAGCUGCCUCUGCUAAAUGUACUUUCUCCCGUCCCAUCCCAAACAGAUAUAAGUGCAUCUUGCUCACUGCAUUUGUUCUUCUCGCCAUCUUCAGAGAAAUCGGUAGCUUCAUUUCAUUCAGGAAUCAGGACCUGCGCGGGAGAAGGAAGCAUGGCGGCGGCGGGUCGUAUAGGCGGCCACCGCCGGCUGUUGGACACGGCUCCGGCUCCGGCAGGCGACGAUCGAGCGGGUUCGAACCCCGGCGACGCGAUGCGCAUAAUGGUGGGCGUGCUGGUAACGGUCGUCUUCUGCACGCUGCUCUACUGCAUCUACUGCUGGAGAUGGCGGAAGCGCAAUGGUGAAUACGGAGCUCAGACGAUCUGCUCUGGUUUCUCAUGCCAUCUCUUGUCCCUGCUGGACAGCCUGUGGCCGCGGUCGAGCUCGGACCUGCCGCUCAUGGACCUGGCCUCCAUCCUCGCCGCCACCGGCAACUUCUCCAAGGCCAACAAGCUCGGCGAGGGCGGCUUCGGCCCCGUCUACAGAGGCGUUCUGAGCGGCGGGUCGGAGAUCGCGGUGAAGCGGCUGUCAGCGCGGUCGCGGCAGGGGGCGGCGGAGUUCCGGAACGAGGUGGAGCUCAUCGCCAAGCUGCAGCACCGGAACCUGGUGCGGCUGCUGGGCUGGUGCGCCGAGCGGGACGAGAAGUUGCUCGUCUAUGAGUACCUCCCCAACCGCAGCCUCGACGCCUUCCUCUUUGAUCCGAGAAAGAGAAGGCAUCUGGGCUGGAGCACACGUCAAAAUAUCAUCCAUGGCAUCGCCCGCGGCAUGCUCUACCUCCAUGAGGACUCCCUGCUCAAGGUCGUCCACCGGGACCUCAAGGCUAGCAAUGUGCUGCUUGACGUCAAGAUGAACCCUAAAAUCUCCGAUUUCGGCAUGGCCAAGAUCUUCAAAGAUGAAUCCGGUGGGAUCAAUAACACAGGACGGGUUGUUGGAACCUACGGUUACAUGGCGCCCGAGGUCGCAUUGGAGGGUGUAUUUUCAGUCAAGUCAGACGUGUUCAGCUUCGGAGUGCUCUUACUAGAGAUCUUGAGCGGGCAGCGGAACGGCGCAUUGUACCUUGAGGAGCACCACCAGUCCUUGAUCCGAGGCGCAUGGAGACUGUGGAUCGAGGAUCAUGCCGUCGAGUUCAUGGACCCGUCUCUUAGCCGGUCGUUCUCAAGGGAAGAGGCGUGGCGGUGCUACCACGUCGGCUUGCUCUGCGUGCAGGAAGACCCUGACGUGCGUCCCACCAUGUCCAGCGUCCUUCUCAUGCUCAUCAGCGACCAUAUGAAGCUCCCGGAACCAGCCAAGCCACCAUUGUUCGCAAAGCUGAGGAGCAUCCCGUCGCCGCCGGCACUGCCGCUCACGGCGAGGACAGGGUCGAGGGCGCCUCCUCAUUCGAUCAAUGACGUCACCAUCACGACCAUCGAGCCACGAUGAGGUCACAUAGACUUUAUUAGAUGGUUCUAUAUACAAAGUACAUAGCUGCUGAUGGCUUCUGUACUGUGAAAACGAGUGACAGCAGUGCCAAAAAGAUGACAGUGUGGAAACUGGGUGAGCCUUGAAAUGUAAACAGGAGAGUGCAAUCUUGUUGGAAUUAGUCAAUUAGUUUCACUGAAAUCUUAAGAGUA